AUGGCCGCUUCACCUGCUCUCAGUGCAACCUCGCGCUCAUCACACUCCUCACGACCAUCUCUAUCUUUGGAUAUGAGCAACCUUCCCCAAUUAUCGAAACCGACCCCGCCAUCAAACACUCUCCUCAUCACCGAUCUCCAUGAUCUACUGGUUUUCCAACCGCAAGCCCUAGAGGAUAUCCGCAAUAUAAUCACCUCCGUGGCCGCUCUCAACUCUUUCUCCCCUCUCCCCUCCAUGCGUCGCAUCGUCUGUUCUUUCAACAACACCGAAGACGCAACCAACAUCCGCAAACUUUUGGACGGCCAGACCCUGCUCAACCGCGUGCAUCCCCGGAUCUACUUCGGCGAGCCAACGCCCCUCAACGACCGUCCCAAACUCCUCGAAGCACCCCAGGUCUCGAAGCUAUUCUUCAUCUCUCCUCCUCCCAGUCCGCCCCACGGAUGGGUUCUGCGCAAUGAAGACCCUCCCAACAAAGAGGUCCACGCCUCGGACCUUGCUCAUGCGCUGUCUAUGCUGAAAACGGAACCCAAGGAAGAUCCCGCUACCCCGGUUUCUAUCACGGAGGAUAGACGCACGCCUAGCUGGCCCACUGAUGGUCAGCGCAGUCGCAGCAGCACUAUCAUCUACCACCCAGACACGCAUGGUGACAGUCCCAACCUGCCGGCCGUCAUGGUGGAGGACAUGAGUUUGAGCAUCGAUAUUGAGGAUGUCGAUAUGGAUGAGAUGAGUCCCAUUGAGAUGUCCGUCAAGUCGAUGCCUCCUAAAACUUCGAGGCCGCCCGUUGAGUUGAUGGAGUGA